AUGAGAGUUAAAUUAUGUACAGAGGAUCAUUUGAUUUUGGUUAUACUCAAUCAGAAAUCCAAGCGCAGUAUGCCACUGAAAAAAGAAGCAAUCAGUAAGCGGUCCCCAAAUACUAAAAAGAACAAGAAACUUACAUUGAGGACUCCAAAACGGAAAUUAAAUGCAUCAAAUGCAGCAAUUAAGAUCCAGGCCUGGUGGCGUGGCGUUUUGGUGCGUAGGACACUGUUGCAUGCAGCCCUCAGGGCAUGGAUUAUUCAGUGCUGGUGGAGGAUACAACUGGAGAAGAUAAAGCAGAUUAAGAAGAAGGAAGCCCUGAUUGCCUACGCGAGGAGAGAAAGGGCAGUGAUCAAACUCCAAUCUUUGAUCCGUAUGUGGCGCGUCCGUUGGCGAUACUGUCAGGUGCUCAAUGCCAUCUACACCAUCAAGUACCAUUGGCAAUGCCAAAACUGCCAGACUUGUUCUCUUCUUCGGGGUCAAUGUGUAGUUACAACCACUCACUUGCAGUUUCACAUUGAGGUCAUCAACCCCUGAAGGCUGACGUGAAGGGUGAAUACUGCAUCUGGUAUUCUCAGUAAAGGUCAACCUGGUCUGGUAUAUUACACAGUCUCCCCCAGCUGAUGGGAACCUGAGAACUUAGGUCAUGGUGCUACUAAUUCUCCCUGGGAAGAGCUUCUGGGAGGUUUUCACCUAA